AUGAAUCUUUCAAUAACUCUAGUUAUUCUUUGUGUGAUUGUAUCAAGUUUUGUGGUAUCAAGUGAAUUGUUAUCAAUCACUGGAUUAUUGGGUGGAAUGCUUGGUGGUUCUUCUUCAUCUUCAUCAUCAUCAUCGUCGUCGUCAUCUUCUUCUUCAUCAUUAUCAAUAUCAUCAUCAUCUUCAUCGUCAUCCUCGAUAUCAUCCUCGACAUCGACAUCGUCCUCGAUAUCAUCUUCAUCUUCAUCGAUAUCAACAUCAACAUCAACAUCACAUCAACAUCAACUGGUGGAUCAGGAACUAUCAUUGACAAAGAUAUUGGACCAAUUAGUUUAG